AAAUUUAAGUGACCCAAACGGCCUACUGUAAAUCAUAGCUCGUCUGAUAGGUAUCCGCGAAAAAAAGUCAAAAGCUACAAAUUAAUUUUUUUUUUUUCCGAAUAACUCUGAUCGCCGAUCGGAUCCUUACUAACCUUCAUCUCGAGCUUUUAAGGGAAGGAGAUAAGCAUGUUUGGAAUUAUCAGACAGAAAAUGGCUGCUGGACUUUCUCCGGCGAGGAGAAUACGCCCGGUUGUGUCGGCUUUUAGGAGUUAUUCGUCUGCAGCUAAAGAGAUGACUGUUAGAGAGGCUUUAAACUCUGCACUGGAUGAGGAGAUGUCUGCAGAUCCUAAAGUCUUCUUGAUGGGUGAAGAGGUUGGGGAAUAUCAGGGUGCUUACAAGAUAUCCAAAGGGCUUUUGGACAAAUAUGGUCCUGAGAGGGUCCUUGAUACCCCGAUCACCGAGGCUGGUUUCACUGGGAUUGGAGUUGGGGCUGCAUACUAUGGUCUCAAGCCUGUUGUGGAGUUUAUGACGUUUAACUUCUCUAUGCAGGCAAUUGACCAUAUCAUUAAUUCCGCUGCAAAAUCAAAUUACAUGUCUGCUGGCCAGAUUUCUGUUCCCAUUGUUUUCAGAGGGCCUAAUGGUGCUGCUGCUGGAGUUGGUGCACAACACUCUCAAUGUUAUGCAGCAUGGUAUGCCUCUUGCCCUGGGUUGAAAGUACUGGUUCCAUACAGUUCAGAAGAUGCUCGUGGACUGCUAAAAGCCGCUAUAAGGGAUCCUGAUCCUAUUGUGUUCCUUGAAAAUGAGUUGCUAUAUGGUGAGUCCUUCCCUGUUUCAGCAGAAGUACUUGAUUCAAGUUUUUGUCUUCCAAUUGGAAAAGCUAAGAUUGAGAGAGAAGGAAAGGAUGUAACUAUCACAGCUUUCUCAAAGAUGGUGGGCCUCUCACUCAAGGCUGCUGAGAUACUGGCAAAGGAAGGAAUCAGUGCUGAGGUCAUAAACUUGCGCUCAAUCAGGCCAUUAGAUACAUCCACAAUCAAUGCUUCUGUCAGGAAAACCAACAGACUGGUAACAGUUGAAGAAGGGUUUCCUCAACAUGGAGUUGGUGCUGAAAUCUGCACUUCUGUUAUUGAAGAGAGCUUUGGGUAUCUUGAUGCACCAGUCGAGAGGAUUGCUGGAGCUGAUGUACCCAUGCCAUAUGCUGCCAAUCUUGAGAGAAUGGCUGUCCCACAGGUUGAAGAUAUUGUCCGUGCUGCAAAGAGAGCAUGCUACCGAUCUGUGCCAAUGGCUGCAGUUGCAUAGUUUUAUCGAUUGAGCCCAUAAAUGGUAUCAACUGCAGGUUGGCUUUAUUGUUGUCUCUUUCAAGAAGUAACUCUUGUCUGAAGUUUUUUUCUUGUAGUUGGUGAUUAAAACCUUGCAAAUUGGGUUUUAGUUUAUCUUUAUGUGAUCUACCUUGCAAACCCGAAACAAAACAAAACAAAAAAAUCUUUUCGAGGAACUGGUUGAGGGAUCAUUCAUUUGUCCCCUUCUCAACUCUAUUGGGGAGGAAUUUCUUUCUAAAUAAUGAGGAGAUUGUUGAAGAUGACAGGAAAUUUUGUUGCUCUGUUUGGUCAUGUUAAUGUGGACAUCAGUUUGUAACAUGUUCCAAAAUAAGUUUUUAUCAGGAAUCUGUGUAUGGAGUCUCCCAGUUCGACAUUGCAUGAUACUUGGUUUCUGUACAAACUAGUGACUUUGUGGCCAUAUGCAAUUCAUUGAUCUAAGGCUUUUUGAGUGCA